GCACCAAUAGCGCUUUACGUCGUAAUUUUAUUAUUUUUCAAUUUAUUUAACACAGAAAGCUAUAAUGAAUACAACCGAGCGUCAAGGAGACGAUUGGGACCUUCCUUGCUCCGAUGAUGAGUUAUCAAAAAAUGGCGUGACUAUCGGCAAAAGUUGGAUGCCCGACCCUUCGGAAUUGGAGGAACUUUACAAGAAUAUUGAUAAAAGCGGGAUACUUACCCUAGAGUGGAAGUGUCCAGGGCGGCGUGCCCCUUCUCCAGUGCCGGUUAGUAAAGAGAAUCAACCCGAGGUACCUAUGUCGCCAGUGAGGGAAGAAAAAUCGGACUUCGAUUUCAUGGAUGAAAUGAGUUCUUUGCGAUUACGAGUGCGCAGAGACGGUGAGCAUACUUUGAGGGGCUCGGCUAAAAAGAAGACGACUUCUUUCGACGGAAUUUUAUCUAACAUGAUCAGACACAAGCGCAUUGAGCAAAUGGAGAAGCAAGCGACGACGCCUGGCACUACCCCCACACCAACAUCCAACGCUACUUGAGUGCUAACUGUCUCAUGACGUAUUCAGUACUGUUUACAAUGGUGUUGUGUUAAGAUUGCAAUACUGAAAAAUGAACUCUUAAAUCCUACUUGGUAAAAAUGUCUCGGGUUUACUCCUUACCAUUUUAAAGGAUUGUAUAAUAUAGCUGGAGGAACAUGGAAGCAAACAGUAAAAGAUAGGGAGAAAUGGAAAUCUCUGGAAGAGGCCUAUGUCUUAGGACAAGUUGAAAGGUACUGAGUCAAUAAAUUGAGUAAUAAUAAAU